UUUACGCUGAGUGGAUCAUUGCUCCUUCCACACACAAACACAGGAACGCACCACUCUCUAUCCGGGAGUUAGGGCUGAGACGAUGCCCCUGGAGAGGUGACCACCGCCGGAUCCCCGAGCACGUUUCCUCCGACUAUGGAGAACAAAUGAUUCAGAUCAGAAGCAGCCGCUCCAUCUCAUGGCUCCAUUAAUUUCCAAGCGGGCGCGGAGGAGGAGGAGGUGAGUGCGGCGGCGGCGGCGGCGGGAGCUCAAGAUAGAAGCGCUUUUCUUGGUGGUGUACAGGAGGGAGUGGGGACAGGCGGCGCUCUCCUGUCUUCUAAGAGGAUCAAGAAAAAGAAAAAUCAAGCUAUUUUUAAGCCGACUUCGGACGAUCCUGCUGCGGUGGCAACAUGAGCAGCGGGCCGGAUGAGAGCUCUGUGCGAGUCGCCCUGAGGAUCCGUCCUCAGCUGGCCAAAGAGAAGAUCGAGGGAUGUCACAUAUGUACCUUUGUGAUGCCCGGGGAGCCACAGGUGGUCCUGGGCAAGGACAAGGCCUUUACCUACGACUACGUCUUUGACAUGGACACCCAGCAGGAUACCAUCUACACACACUGCACCGAGAGACUUAUCGAAGGCUGCUUUGAGGGCUACAAUGCCACUAUCUUUGCAUAUGGACAGACGGGUUCGGGGAAGACCUACACCAUGGGAACCGGCUUCGACGUCAACAUUGGAGAGGACGAGCUGGGUAUCAUUCCCCGUGCAGUCAACCACCUGUUCAGAGGGAUCGAGGAGCGUAAACAGGCUGCCACCGAGCAGGGCAGGCCUGUUCCUGAGUUCAAGAUCAACGCGCAGUUCCUCGAGUUGUACAACGAGGAGGUGCUGGACUUGUUUGACUCGACGCGAGACAUCGAGGCCAGGAAGCAGAGAUCCAACAUCAAAAUCCACGAAGACGCCAACGGAGGCAUUUACACCGUCGGGGUCACCACUCGCUCUGUUAACUCUGCAGCUGAGAUGAUGCAGUGUCUGAAGAUGGGCGCCCUGUCUCGUACCACCGCCAGCACCCAGAUGAACGUCCAGAGUUCACGCUCACACGCCAUCUUCACCAUCCACCUGUGCCAAGUUCGGGUCUGCUCUCCAGAUAACGAUGAUAAUGCAACAGACAACCGUCUCUCGAACAACUCCGAAAUUAACGAGUUUGAGACGCUGACAGCCAAAUUCCACUUUGUGGACCUGGCUGGAUCUGAGAGACUGAAGAGAACCGGAGCGACAGGAGACCGAGCUAAAGAGGGCAUCUCCAUCAACUGUGGGCUGCUUGCUUUGGGAAACGUCAUCAGCGCUCUGGGAGACAGGAGUAAACGCUCCACUCAUGUGCCUUACAGAGACUCCAAACUGACCCGACUCUUACAAGAUUCACUGGGUGGCAACAGUCAAACCGUGAUGAUCGCAUGCAUCAGUCCAUCGGACCGAGACUUUAUGGAGACCCUGAACACUCUGAAGUACGCGAACAGAGCUCGAAACAUCAAGAACAAGGUGAUGGUGAACCAGGACAGAGCCAGCCAGCAGAUCAGCGCCCUGAGGACGGAGAUAGCACGACUGCAGAUGGAGCUGAUGGAGUACAAGACGGGAAAGCGUAUGGUAGGCGAAGAUGGCAUGGAGGGUAUCAACGACUUGGUCCAUGAGAACUCCAUGCUGCAGACGGAGAACAACAACCUGAGGGUGCGAGUGAAGGCCAUGCAGGAGACCAUUGACGCUCAGAGAGCCAGACUCACACAGAUCCUCAGUGACCAGGCCAACCUGGCUGUGGCUAAAGCAGGUGAAGGCAACGAAGAGAUCGGGAACAUGAUUCAAAACUACAUCAAAGAAAUAGAGGAACUCAGAGCCAAACUUCUUGAAAGUGAGGCUGUCAGCGAGAAUCUCAGGAAGAGUUUGGCUCGUGUUUCCACGAGGUCCUCUUUGUACGGCGGCACCGGCUCCUUCUCCCCCGCCCUCCUCGCCCCUGAGAAGGAGGCAAACGACGUUAUUGAGAUGGCCAAGAGAGACCUGGAGAAGCUCAAGAAGAAGGAGAAGAAGAAGAAGAGGAGACUAAGGCGUUAUGAAGAGAAUCAUGACCACUCACCAGUUGAACAUGCCAGUGUUAUCAAAGAGGAAGUGCCAGACAAUGAGCAGGAGCGAGGCAACGACGAGGCAGAGUUGGAAUGCAGUGACCACGAAGAAGGCGAGGAUGCAGAUGGAGAGGAGGAUGACUUUGACAUGGCGGGAGAUGAGACGUCUGAAGAGUCUGACUCUGAAGAACUGGAGGAGAAAGAAAACGUUCAGGCCGACCUGGCCAACAUCACCUGUGAGAUCGCCAUCAAGCAGAAGCUGAUAGACGAGCUGGAGAACAGCCAGCGGCGUCUGCACACGCUCAAACAGCAGUACGAGCAGAAGCUGAUGAUGCUGCAGAAUAAGAUCAGAGACACACAGCUGGAGAGGGACAAGGUGCUGCAUAGUAUGGGUUCGGUGGAGUCGGGUACGGAGGAGAAGGCCAAGAGGAUCAAAUCAGAGUAUGAGAGGAAGCUGAGCUCCAUGAACAAAGAGCUGCAGAAGCUCCAGUCGGCUCAGAAGGAGCACGCUCGCCUGCUGAAGAACCAGUCACAGUACGAGAAGCAGCUCAAGAAGCUCCAGCUGGAUGUGACUGAGAUGAAGAAGACCAAGGUGGCGCUGAUGCGUCAGAUGAAGGACCAGCAGGAAAGAAACAGAGCUGCAGAGUGCAAGAAGAACAGGGAGAUCGCCUCUCUGAAGAAAGACCAGCGCAGAGCGGAGCACCAACUGAAGCAGAUGGAGGCCCAGAAAAGACAACAGGAGCUUAUUCUUCGCAGGAAGAAUGAGGAGGUGACAGCUCUUCGGCGGCAGGUGAGGCCCGUGUCUGGGAAGGUGAGCAGGAAGGUGAGCCUACCUGAACCUCUCCAGGAGCCGUCACAUAGAGCCACCCCGGGGAGGAUGCACACCUCCGGAGCGUCCCCGUCCAAUGGAGCCAGGAGCUCCCCGGUGCGAAUGGGAAGUAUCUACCUCACCAGGACAGCCAGGGCCAAAUGGCAGUCAUUGGAGAGACGUGUCACUGAAAUCAUCAUGCAGAGGAUGACCAUCUCUAACAUGGAGACUGAUAUGAACAGACUGUUGAAGCAACGAGAGGAGCUGACCAGGAGGAAGGAGCGAGUGUCCAGAAAGAGAGAAAAGAUGGCGACUGAGGGUGCAGACGCCGACCGCUCGCUGGCCUCCCUGAACGAGGAGCUGGAGUCCCUGAGCGCCAACAUUGACUAUAUCAACGACAGCAUCGCAGAUUGCCAGGCCAACAUCAUGCAGAUGGAGGAAGCCAAGGAGGAAGGAGAUACAGUGGAUGUGGCUGCAGUGAUCAGCUCCUGUAAUUUAUCAGAGGCCCGCUUCCUCCUGGACCAUUUUAUGACAAUGGCCAUCAAUAAGGGUCUGCAGGCAUCGCAGAAGGAUUCCCAGCUGAAGGUGAUGGAGGGCAGGUUGAAGCAGACAGAGGUCAACAGCGCCACACAGAACCAGCUGCUCUUUCACAUGCUGAAGGAGAAAGCUGAGAUCAACCCGGAGCUGGACGCUCUGCUGGGCAGCGCUUUGCAAGAGAAUGGAGAUGACAGCAGUAGUGAUGAAUCCACCCCCAGUCCAGCCAUGGAGGGCGGCACACUGGCAUCAGAUCUAAUGAAGUUAUGUGGUGAAUCCAGACCAAGAAGCAAGGCUCGCAGGCGGACCACCACCCAGAUGGAGCUGCUGUAUGCCAGCAGUGGAGAUCUGUCUUGCGAAUCCCCUCCUGGAGACUUUGCAGCCCCUCUGCUGCCCCUUUCAGAGCGCCAGGAGGGACCGGCAGACAUUCAGGGUCCCGUGUUUGGUCAAAACCCUGACCACGAGCAAAUUGUUUCCCCAUCUGCACACUCUGCCAGGCCAGCUGGCAUUUCUGGAUCCAGGUCACCCACAGGGACUGAGAGGAGACAACUGGAGCGUUCGCCCCUCAGUCGAAGGAAGAUGCAAGAGAAAGGACCCACAUCAACACACAUCCCAUCACCCACACACACACCUCCGCAUAGCACAGUAGAGGUCAAAACUAAAGGCAGCGACUACAAAUCACUACUGGAGGAGUCACUUGUAUUUGAAGGCCAUAGAGGUGUGAUCAACCCCGUGACGGCCCCUAAGCUCAGCCGCGGGGCCAAACUUCAGUGUGUCUACGUAGCAGAGGGGCACACUAAACCUGUUCUCUGUGUCGAUGCCACAAACGAUCUGCUCUUCACAGGAUCCAAAGACCGUACGUGUAAAGUCUGGAACUUGGUGACGGGUCAGGAGAUCAUGUCUCUGGCAGAUCAUCCCAGCAGUGUCGUCUCAGUCAGGUACUCUUCUAGUCUCGUUUUCACUGUUUCUACUGCUUACAUCAAAGUCUGGGACAUACGAGACUCUGCCAAGUGUAUCCGCACACUCACGUCAUCAGGUCAGGUGGGUUCAGGGGACGUCUGUUCCUCUGUCAGGAGUUUAUCCAUCCCACCAGGAGAGAGUCAGAUCAACCAGAUCGCUCUCAACCCUUCCGGCUCCUUCCUCUACGCUGCCGCUGGCAAUGCUGUGCGCAUGUGGGACCUCCGCAAGUUUGUGUCUACGGGGAAGCUGACAGGCCAUUUGGGACCUGUCAUGUGCCUGACUGUUGACAAAUUAGGCAGUGGACAAGAUGUCGUCCUCACGGGCUCCAAAGACCAUCAUAUUAAAAUGUUUGAGGUGGCAGAGGGUUCUCAGGGUAGCAUCAGCUGCAGCCAUACGUUUGAUCCCACUCAUCAGGACGCUGUGGAGUCUCUGGCCGUGCACGGAGAUGUCUUCUUCAGUGGCUCCAGAGACUACUACAUCAAGAAGUGGGACUUAGCCAAUAAACAGCUGCUACAGCAGUCUGCCAGUGCCCAGGCAGACUGGGUUAGUGCUCUGGGCGUGGUGCCAGGCUCCCCGGUGCUGCUGAGCGGAUGCAGAGGAGGACUGUUGCGCCUCUGGCACGCAGAUUCACUUGUACCCCUCGGCGAGGUCCGAGGACACGACAGUCCCAUCAAUGGCCUGGCCACCAACAGCAGCCAACUGUUCACUGCCUCAGAUGACCGCACAGUGAAGAUUUGGGAAGCCAGAGGAUCUCUGGAGGAAGGAGUCCACUGACAGAGGCUUACGCAUAAUCACAGACCUGAAAUCGAGGAUUGUAUACUGGCCUGUACUCAGCCCAGGUGAAUCAUUUUUAAGGCAACUUCAGCCAUGACCUGUAUUGGAUAGGAGCCCAAAGUGGGUUGAGGCCUCAAAAAUGUGGAUACCAUCCUGAAAUCAUCAUUAAACAACACUGAUCGUUCACUGAUGGUCCACAGGAAUCAGUUUCAGAUGCAAGCUGAGUUUACUUUGCUUGAUUUUUCUGGUCAAGACUGAUUACAACAGAGCCUCUCCGGUCUCCUUUAGAGCUCCAAGGAUUAAAAAUCAGUUGCAAUGGACAGAAUAUUUAAAAUGUAUCAAUAAUAUUAAAGUGAAAAUAUGGACUUAUGGAUCUGUGUCACUAGAUCCAGGAGUCUUUCAUAUACUUUCUACAUUCCUCUCCUCAAUUCAGCACUAGACAACAUGGAUACCUUUUAUUCAUAUUGGGAAUUUUGCUGGAGCUGUUGAGAAAAAUCACAAUGGUUCGAUUGCUGUAAAAGUCUGUGUCCCUUGACAAGACACGGACAUCUCCUGCUCACCAGCAAUAACUGUGAGCCUGUCUUGUGUAUUCACGUGAUGUGCUGUGUCUUUGCUCUUCAGGUCAUUUUGGGCGUGUGUGUGUGUGUGUGUGUGUGUGUGUGUGUGUGUUCUCUGUAAGCAAGGACCAAAAAAACUACUGAAACUGGUUUUGUUCUUCAGCUGUUACUGCCAAACCUGUUACCCUCUCUAUACGUCUCAGAGAGGCUUCUAAACAAACCACACUGUACUCCAUUAACAGGGUCCUUAUCCCUUCAAAUAUCUGUAUUUCCUCUAGUGUUUUAGUCAGUGUCGUGUCUGUUCAUUAAAUCAACUGCUUAGGUGAUAUUACAUCUCUAUAAAACGGACGUGAAUGAACAAUAUUUCAACAUGGCGAAGUUCAAGCAGAGGAUCAGAUGAAAUGCAGUAACUGCAGACAACAUGUUUCCUUUAGCUUUUUCCAUUUCUACUGUUUAAUGGGACUAUUGAAUUAAUCUGUAAUUUAAUGAUGUUAAAUAAAUCAUUUAAAAGUUUUACCAAAUUAUGUAAAGGCUGUAUGUAAGGCUGAGACAGCACUUACUAGCACUCUUCUUAAACUAGGCUAAUUAGUUUUUAGCGAUACAAGUGAAACUGAGGUUACUUUUUCUUCUAUAUUACAGAUUAGCGACUGCCUUAACUAUGUGGUAUUAAAAGUUGCUAUGACCUUAAAUGCAGGAAAGUAAGUAGAAAAUGUGAAUAAAUUAACUUUCACAAGCUAGCCUUAAGUUGCUAGCAUGUUGUCACUGCAGUUUUUCAAACUUAAAUAGUAAAUUCUGAAGUAUAAUGCUUUUGCAGCUCUGAAAACAGAUGUCAGAAAGUGCGAUAGUGAUCUUGUAGGGCAGCAUAGUUUCAAGAAAAACUGUUACCCAACAGGUAAACCCCACUACUAUCUGUAAAUCAACUUGUAACACCAGGCAGAAAUACAUAUUAAAAUAUAGCAUCUCAGUGUUGUAUAAACAACUUUAUUUCAGUAUUCUGUGGUUGACAGUUUCCAAGCAUUUCCAGUCAAAUGUUGUUGUAGUUUCCUCUCCUUAAUGACUUAAGUCUGCCUUCAGCAGGUUGCCCUCUGGGUUCUCUGACCUGAAUCCCUCAGGUCUCCGCAGACGUUCUCUCGCUUUCAGGAUUUUGGUUCUUUCACUGAAAAGGUUACCCUCUGAGUAUUUACUUUCUUGAGCUGUACACUUGACUCUGUCUGCAAGUACAUUUAGGGAACUUAGGCGUGUAGCUGUAUAAAUCAUUCAUAUUGAUGGAAUCAAGCACCUUUUUAAUUCCUAAGUCAUAUGGAAUAUGACCUGUGUAUUUUGUGAGAGCAUCUGUUGCUGAAAGAUGUGUGUAUGUGUGUGUUUUUCAGUUCAAAUGUUGUUGUUGAUAAGCUCUCGUUCUGUUCUCCAUGUACAGUACUGUUCACCUUGAGCUGUCUGAG